UCCUGGGACCGGAAGUGGCUGCAGGAGCCGCAGGGUGUGUAUGUGUGGUAAUCGUGAAGCGGGCUGCCGCGCGCCGAGACGCUUGCUCCGCCCGGGACCGAGCCUUUGAGGCCUGAGCCGCCUUAUCCCUUGCCUUAGUCCUACCCGCGCCAGGAAUAACCAUGGAUAAAAGUGAGUUGGUACAGAAAGCCAAACUAGCUGAGCAGGCAGAGCGCUAUGAUGAUAUGGCUGCUGCCAUGAAGGCUGUCACCGAGCAGGGACAUGAGCUGUCCAAUGAAGAAAGGAAUCUACUCUCUGUCGCUUACAAGAAUGUGGUUGGUGCCCGUCGCUCUUCCUGGCGCGUCAUUUCCAGCAUUGAACAGAAGACAGAACGGAAUGAGAAGAAACAGCAGAUGGGAAGAGAAUAUCGUGAGAAGAUUGAGGUUGAACUGCAGGACAUUUGCAAUGAUGUUCUGGAACUGCUGGAUAAGUACCUUAUUGCUAAUGCCACACAACCAGAAAGCAAAGUCUUCUAUUUGAAAAUGAAAGGAGAUUACUACAGAUACCUUUCAGAGGUGGCAUCUGGAGACAACAAGCAAACAACAGUAGCAAAUUCUCAGCAGGCAUAUCAAGAAGCAUUUGAAAUCAGCAAGAAAGAGAUGCAGCCAACACAUCCUAUUCGACUUGGUCUGGCACUCAACUUCUCUGUGUUCUAUUAUGAGAUACUAAACUCGCCAGAGAAAGCCUGUAGUCUGGCAAAGACAGCAUUUGAUGAAGCAAUAGCUGAACUGGACACAUUGAAUGAAGAAUCUUACAAAGAUAGCACUCUGAUUAUGCAGCUACUUAGAGAUAACCUUACUCUAUGGACAUCGGAAAACCAGGGAGAUGAAGGGGAAGCUGGGGAGGGCGAGAACUAAUGGCUGUCACGCUUCACUAUAUGUUCAAUGUCACUCUGUAUCCUACACAUUAUAUCCCUUUGUGCGACAAGCAAAAAGAAUAGUACAUCGACUUCACAACCUCAACGUAGCAAACUGUCUGUGGGGUAAAAACAAUUGGUUGGUGUUUUGUGUACGUAAAAUGGAAAUCAGUUGAGCAAUGGCAUUCUAAACCUUUCCUAUUAUGAACACUUGCAGUUAUGAUUACCGUGUUUAUAUUUUUUUUAAACUGAACACUGUGAUUAUGGGUUUUGCAAUUGCAGUUGACUCUACAAAACUCUAAAUGAUGGAAGAGUAGACACAAAUCAUGUAAAUCCUUGGAAGGAUUAUAAUCUGGUAUCAACAUUGUCGAAGUACAAUUCUGCUGUAAAGUUGUACAGAAAAUUAUAAAGAUUAUAUUGUGACACUGCAACAUGGAAGGGAAACAAUCUGUUGUGUGGCAUUCCAGUUCAGUAGCUCACUUCUGUGAAUUUAAUAGGCACAUUCAUUCAGACAUUUUUUGUUUUGUUUUUUGAAAUAAUGAUGCUGGACACACUGCUUUUCAGCCAAAUGCUCAUGUAAAUGUAAACCUUUUCUGAGGCGUCAAUUUAAGAUGGGGGAAAUGACAGCCUAACUUCCAGACUCUUAACAGUGGCAGAAAACUGGGCCUUUAUCUCUGGACAAAUAGUUCAGUGCUCUUACCAUGGGUAUCAUUGAGCCCCUUCCCACAGCAAUAAGUUGAAUAUUUACAAUGUGGGCUUUCCUUAGUAGUGAAUUUUCAGUGCACUAACAUGGAAUUUCAACAGGAUUUCUACUUUUUAUGGCCUUAUUAGUUGCUAGUCAUGCUAAAUAGAACUCCCCCCCCGAUUUAAAAUGUUAAAAUCUUCCCCUCCCUUUAGUGGGGAGGCCUGUACCUCUGAAUAUCAGAGCUCUUCUUUGUAUGGAUUGUGUUUAUCCUACCCUCCAUUCCUGCUUCAAUUUGAAGUCUGGGCUCCUUUGUGUGUGGUGUUUAUCUGUGGUGAUGGGAGAGGCUUAAAUAUGCUGGAGGACAGGUCUCACUUAGAUGAUGAAGAGUUGCCAGUGCUGCUGUAGUUCUCUGCUCACAGUAUCUGCCACUUGGUCAUAACCAAGAUCGGGCUUCUAUUCAAGAUUCCCCAUAACUGCCUUAGGAAUUCAGAUCAUAAGCAUGUGUAUUAAUUGUUAACAUGAGGUACUAAAAUUCCAAAUGUUCAGUUGUUUAUAAACAUUGUCCAAUCAAAGAUUAGAAUUCAAUAGGAGUUGCAUGAAUAAUGCAGUGGAAAGAUUUGAAUAUUCACCCUAUACCAGUCUUUUCAUUAUCAUUCCUUUGCCUAUAACAUUCCACUUAGCUCAUAGAAUCCAUCUUUUUGUCUGUUCUUCUGUCUGCUGAAGAGAGAAAUUCAUGCACUGACUUCAAAAUUCCCCUCUACUAGCUGAACAAAUUGUGCAGUUAUACUUGGCGCUUGAUAAAUGCAGUAGUGAAUGUGGAACCGAGCCUGUCUGUAUAUCUGGUAGCUCUUUUUGCUUUGUUUCUACUGACCAGUAUUUUGCCUAAAGUUUGCUUCUGUGACGGUUGUAUUGCCUAGCACACACGUGGUUGUGAGAAUAGUAUAGCAAAAAGAAAUACCUGGUUAUCGAUGUACUAGAUUUGUGUAUGUCUUUUAAGCAGUUCUAGUUUCACCUUACACAAUCAGGAAAGUGUAAAACAAUUCAAAACAAUAAAGAAUUUUAUCAGUU